AUGUUGCAAUUUUUGAUCAAAUUUAUUCCUCACUAUUCACGUAAUUCUGUUUUUGUUGCUGCUGCUGCUGAUGAUGAUGAUGAUGAUGAUGAUGACGCUGCUGUUGCUGCUGCUGCUGCUGCUGCUACUCCUGCUCCUGCUCCUGCUCCUGCUCUGCCUUGUGCUUCUGUGUUGAUGUUGGGUAUUUGAAG